UGUAUUUAAUAGGUUGACUCUCAUUUGACUGGCAAAGUUUGUUGUUGGAUUACGAGAUUCAGAAAAUUUAGAUUGCAUAUAGAAAAUACAAGGUUUUUAUGAUGAUGUUGAGAACCAUCCCCCAACGGCAGCAAUCAAGAGAGAACAGAGAGGGUGCUGGAACAAGUUCAUAUCAAUCUCUGCGUUUGGCUAUCACUUACGAAACAACGCCAGAAAGUUCAGUAGAAAGCCUUGUUUCUACAACGUACAACGGUAAAACACGGCGUUAUGGGAGUGCCCUGGAUUCAGACUCUAAAGCAUCAAGUCCAUCGCAAUACGAGUGUUCGUACACAAUUUUGGAAUACGAAGUCUCCAGACAGGACUAUGGACGUUUGGACUACAAUGCUGAGAUUGCACUAAGAAUACACUCUCAACUGCCGAAUGCGGAUCUAAAUGAACCAGACAUCAUCAGAUUAAAUUGCUUUACUUUCCUGGUAUUGAUACCGAAAACAAGCGAAUAUGAUGCACUAAUCGAGAGCGAACGUGUGACGGACAUUACGAAAGAAUGGCAAGUAAAAGAAAAGGAACAGAGGAGAUGGAUUGUCCUGUUCCCGAAGAAGGAUACACCCAUCGAGAUUACGAAGGAAGAAAAUGUGCUUUAUCUUACGGAAAACCCUGUCAAAAACUUGAACAACAAUUCAGAUGUUUGCAGAUUCCUCACGUUUUCCUUUGAAAACGAAAUAUUUGCUUACGCUGAACGAGCUUUACGGUAUGUCCAAGACCGACUUGCAAAGAAAAGGGAACACGAACAAGAGACGUUGAGCUUUACCAACAUGGAGAUUCGUUCUCUUCUUACUAGAAAAUUACCAGAACACGACACAUUUGCUUCUUUUACAAUACCCGAAGAGUCGAUCGAAAACGGCGAAUUGCAGCGCCCCUCUUAUCGGCUUUUAUCGGAGGCACUUCAAAAUAUAAGUGUGCAGGAUUGUGAUAUCCGGGGCUUUUGCAACACUUUUGACGCGUUCCUGGUUUUCGUAGCCGAACUCAAACAAAGUGCCGACAAGACAGGCGUUGUGGAUUGUAUCGAAAAGUGCUUGCAUGAACUGCUAAAAGAGAAACCACAAAUAGUCUGGGUUGAAAAAAUAACAACGGCUGACCUAACUGCUCAAGGUUUUAAACUUACAAACACAGAAUCAAAGCGAUGGGGAACCCUAGGCUGUUUCGGCAAAAACGCUGACAAUUCGUUGGUAGCAAUAACCGCUGGGCAUUGUGUAGAGACAGAACAAACAGUCCACAUAGAAAUCAACGGCACUCUGGAGGAAUUGGGGCAGUGUGUACAAAGUCAUAAUUCGGCUGAAGUUGACAUUGCGGUCAUCAACAUUAACGAUUGUAUGGAACCUCGUUGCACCUUUCAGUUUUGUAAUGAAAAGGACAAAGUCUGCAAGGCGUCCGUAUAUCAGGGGGCUCAAAUCAAGAAUUGGCCGGUGCAUAAAAAAGGAGCUGCAACUCAAUGGACCAAGGGCGUUGUAUACUGCGAGGAGGCUUGCGUGUGUAACGAAAAAGGAAUUAUCAUCAAUGGAAACGUGAACAACAUUGUCUUCGCAGAGGAGGGCGACAGUGGAGCUAUCGUGUUCUUCUAUGAUCCAAACGACAUACAUAACAGGGAGGUGAAGCUGCUAUCCAUAGUAUCAAAACGGGUCGAUGUGGGAGGAGGCGCCAUUCCAGUCGGACUUUCUAGAAAACCAACACUGACUCGAAGCUUGAAAGAUGGACUCGAUAAAGUCUCGAAUAUAAAAAUAAAAUGUAAUGAUUGAAAAGACAACUCUGGUGACUCACUGACUAUGAUAGAAUUUGGAAAAUUGCUUUUAGUUUUGAUUGAUAGGAACAGUAAAUAAGGAAGAACGAGAAAUGGACUGUGCAAUUAAGAUACUACAGAAUACAGAUCAUCUCGGAUUACUCUUAUUACCAUUGCUUGAAUACGCCGUAUUUCUCGAAUUCUGUUUUAUCCCUGACUACCUGGGACCUAAGUCUUAUACCUAUCAAUUCGUUGAACAGGUAGAUACACCCGCGUGUAUAGCCGCGUACAGACGCGGCAGACUGCGGUGCACGCUCAUUGUGCUUAUUCCGAUGUCGGCCAGACGUUGGAUAAUUAAAGGAUUAAUGGCAGUAUCUGAACCGUUACCCUGUUUCAGCUAGCUGCAUUAUCAUUAUGUGUGCAUAUUUAUUAUUUCCAGACGAUGUUUUGACAUCGACGAUUUGGCGGAAUAAUUAAUUCACUGGAUGUGCAAAUCCAUAUUUCAGCAUGGCAGUAUUAAGCGGAAAUCACAUAGCGGAUUCCUAGCCAUCUUUAAAGGUAUUCAAACUUCGUUAUCAAUCAACAUAAUAAUAACAGAGAUUCAAGAUUCCUUCGUUUUGAUACUUUGUAAAAUUAACAUAGCCGAAUAUAGUAUGGCGGACUAUCGAAUAUAGUAUGGUGGACUAUCAAAUUGACAAGUACGUUCAACAUUCAGCUAUUUUUUUUUAAAUUUUACUCCAUUUCUUAAUACCGAAGGCUACAUGCUUUCAUUGUUAGAUAUGUUAUGCAUUGUUACAUUAAAUGCUGUCCUUUUUGACUGAAAUCAUAUUUGGAAAUCAAUAAAUAAAGCAAUGGAUGACAACAAAAAUAAGGAAUUUCAUAGGAAAUAUCUAGAUACAAAAUUAUAACAAAUGCAUGAAUCAGGGAUCUCAUUGCUGCUUGCAAAAGCACAAAAUCGAAAUACAAAAAUGAGAUGAAUAUUGUUGACAGAAUAAUACUCUUUUGGACAAUAUAGAUGUGAUACAUUGAACAAAAUGUUACAAAUGGUUUUGAUUGUACUACACUUGCAUAUAUUAAGUGUUUUGAAUAGAUAUGUUUGUGAUCUUGUAGCUUCUAAAAACACUGUUAAUGACUUUGAUGGUGAAAAUGCAAUGGGGAACGGGGGGCAAACAGGUAUUAAAACAUUACAAAAAAUAUCAAAAUAUUUACAAUUAAAUGUUUUACGUUACUUAAUACUUAAUAUGUGUGUUAUUAAUUAUUUCAAAAUCAAGAUGGGAAUGCUACUAUUAAAAAUAUUUGUAUCUCAAAAUUAUUCAGAAACAUUGUUAAAAAGUGUGUUAAGUUUUGUAGUGAUGAGAAUAUGUAUGUGGUCACAGGAAAAUAGGUUAAUAUAUGAGCUCAACAUGAUAACGUACGAGUCAAUAUUUCUUUUUAUGCGCGAGGCCAAAAUUUUGAAUAUGUGAGUUCAUUAUGUUAAAUGUGCGAGUUCAAAAUGUGAGUUAAAUAUGUUGAAUAUGCCAGUUCAAUAUGUUAUUGUGGAGUGCAAUAUGAAAAAAGGUUCGAGUUCAAUAUAUUAAAUAUGAGAGUAUAAUACGUUUUAGUGCAAGUUCAAUAUGUUUUUGUACGAGAUCCAUGUUUUCUUUGUUAAUUCGACAUUUCAAUGUUCGAGUUUAAUACAUUAAAGAGUGAGUUCCAUAUUUUUGUUGAUAUGCGAGUUCGUUAUGUCAAAGGUGUGAGUGUAAAAUAUGGAAGAGUGGGUUCAGAUAUAAUAUUAAACUUAGGUCAGAAUGUUGCAUGUAAUUAAGAGUUCAACGUUAUAAUUAAUGUGGGAGUUCAACAUGUAAAUGUGCGAGGUAUAUAUGUUAAUGAGAGAUUCUUUAUAACAAUGUGCAAGCUCUACAGGUUAAGGUGCAAAUACAAUAUAUUAUUGUGCGAUGUCUGUGCGAGGUCAAUAUGUUAAUGUACGAAUGGACCAGUUCAAAAUGUAAGGUACAAUUCAUUCAUGUGACAUUUUCAUUAAGUUAAUGUGCGAGUUUAUGUCAAUUGUGCCAACCGUGUUGAUUGUGAAU